GCUGUAUUAUCCAUUAUAAGCGCUUACACAGACCAUCUGUUAGCAUUAGCAUUAGCUGUAUUAUCCAUCUCUCAGAUUUCCACUGUUCACACACUUUUCCUGACCUUUAACUACAGACUUCUUUCCCUCACGGGUUCAUUUUCAGAAUGUUUCCACAGGAAAACACCACAUAUUUCAGUGGGAGGUGACGUUGUGUGAUUCAGCAUUUGUCGGAUGAAUUUUUUAUUUUUUUUCCCAUCUCAGAUAACAGAAGAAAAGGGAAAACGAAACCCCCAUGACAGUGGGUGAACACAGUCAGUGGUGUGUGACAUUCAGCUCAUCCACCUCCGGACUGAUGCUGUCACUUACUUUUCUUUCUUUCUUUUUUUGUUUUUUUGUUUUUUGCUGUGCACUUCCUCUGUUUACUUCCCCUCAAACUCAAACACACUCAGUCUCAGUCGGACUUUGACGCACGAUGGAAACACUAGAGCUGCCUGUCCUCUGACUCCACCACUAUGAGUAAGCAGGACAAGAUGGAGCCCAAAUAUGAUCAUGGACUGGAUCUGCUGCUGGCUCACAUGAACAUAGAGGACAUCAUCAGCGCUGCAGAGACACUGUAUCAGCUGGAGGAGGAAGAGGAGGAGGAGGAAGAGGAGGAGGAGGAGCACAGUCUGUCCCAGGAAAGGAUGGAUGAGAACGAGGAGGGUGGGGCCCUGCUGGAGGGCUCAGGGGGAGGGGCCCAGGACCCUGGAGGCGGAGCCGGAGGGGUCCGCUACGGGACGGUGACGGAGCUGCUGUCCUUCGUCAACCUGCUGUCCAGUACGGAGAUGGCAACCCUGCAACAGCUGAACCAGGAGAUGGGAGUCCUGCUCAACCAGAAGUUCAUGGCUGUAAAAAAAGGACGCUACCAGGUGAACACGGACGUGCUCCUGUUUCCAUGGAAACUGACCUACAAGAGUCCCGGCUGUGGCCUCAUCCCCAAAGGCUCGUUUGGAAAAGUCCACCUGGCCCAGGACACGUCCACCAGGAAGAGGAUGGCAUGUAAACUGAUCCCUGUCGAGAACUUCAAAGCGGCCGACGUGGAGUUCCAGGCGCGUUUCCGUCACGAGAACAUCGCGGAGCUGUACGGCGUCGUGCUGUGGGAUCAGAAGGUCCACCUGUUCAUGGAGGCGGGGGAGGGCGGUUCGGUUCUGGAGAAACUGGACAGCUGUGGACCCAUGAGGGAGUUCGAGAUCAUCUGGGUCACCAAGCAGGUCCUGAGGGGUCUGGAGUACCUGCACUCACACAACGUCAUCCACCACGACGUCAAACCCAGUAACAUGGUCCUGAUGUCAGACAAAGCGGUGCUGGUGGACUUUGGUUUGACGGUGCAGAUGACAGAUGACGUCUACCAUCCAAGAGACCUGAGAGGAACUGAGAUGUACAUGAGUCCAGAGGUGGUUCUGUGUCGAGGUCAUGACACCAAAGCUGACAUCUACAGCCUGGGCACCAGCAUCAUCCACAUGCAGACCGGAAACCCCCCCUGGGUGACGCGCUACCCCCGCACCGCCUACCCAUCAUACCUGUACAUCAUCCAUAAACAGGCUCCGCCCCUGGAGGACAUUGCGGACGACUGCAGCCCGGCCAUGCGCUCCUUCCUGGGUCGGGCCCUGGAGAGGAACCCGGUCCUGCGGAGUUCAGCCUCAGAGCUGCUGAAGGACGAGGCCGUCAACCCCCCCAGGGAAGAACAGCCCCGCUGCUGGAGCCUGGACUCAGCCCUGGGGGGGGACGCCACACACCCCCCCCUACGCCAGCACAGCCAGCACCAGGACACCACACAGGAAUCGUCUCUUUACUCUGAAGACUCUGCACACGGCCGUAGAAAAGGCUCCUUGUACAUCGACCUGGGGGCUUUAUCUGGGUACUGUAAGCUGGUGAGCGGACCCCCCACCUCCGAAUACGCCUGAAACCACACCCACCACCCACCAAAGAGGAGGAGCCAACAGGUGCAUUCGAUAUGAUGACCUUCAGCUCCCUCCAGACUGGUGGAGGACUGAGGCUGGACUCCUAAUGAGGACCAGCAGAUCCACAGGGGACUGAGGGGGACCAGGUGGACCAGGUGGACCACGCUGCAGGACAGUGGAUGGACGACAUCAAGCGUUUACAAAGGUCAAAGGGUCACGUGGAAACUAUCAGGGCGCUUCUGUGAAACUGGUGCUGAAUGUUCUGAAGCAGGUUUGGAAACACUUUGGGUUUAUUUGAAAAACAAAUACUCACUGAGAUAAAAGACAAACUAUUUUUCACAUAAAACACAUUUAUAUAUUUU